AUGUUGAAGAACAUUGAAGGUAUAUUGUUUUAUGUUAAGCUUUCAUCUGAGUGUGAAGAAGAACUGGUCAGAGUUGUUUUAGGAAUAACUAAGAAGGUACGUGAAAGAAAAUCUGAGUUGGCUAGGCUAAAAGCCCUUGAUUGUGGAAAACCAUUGGAUGAAGCAUCAUGGGGCAUGGAAUUACCCUCUUUUGAUGGCCAUAUGGAAGGUGGCUCCAUCCUUGGCUCCUGGGUGCGCAGCUAUACUAAAGCCCUCGGAGUUGACAUCCAUCCCAUCACAUAUUCAGUUUUGAGUACUUGUUUAGAGCUGGGUGAUAUCUGUAGAGAAGUUGGUCUACCUCCUGGUGUACUCAACAUUGUAACUGGAUUAGGUCCAGAAGCUGGGGCUCCUUUAGCAGCUCAUCCUCAUGUCGACAAGCCUGUUACUUUGGAACUCGGUGGAAAAAGUGCUAACAUAUUCGAGGAUACAGACCUUGACAAAGGUGAACUGGCAGUUGUGGAGGACGAGGACGAGAAAGGACGGUUCACACUUUUGUCAGACCUGGAACCAUCUCUCAAAGCUCUUAAAGAUAAGCUCUUGGCUAAGAAUUUAAGUGUUAGCAUUAGCAUCCUCGGGCAAGAUGAAUUUGUUUUUCAACCACGCUUAUUCGGGAAGGUAUACACUGGUUUUGGAUUUAAUGGUCACUCUAUCUAUCGCAAGUUGAAUUUAUUAUGUGGGUUCUGA